UCUUGCUGUUGCAGUGCUGCUUGUGAGCUGGGAGUGGGGAGUGCGUACCUGAGAGCUGUUUGUGUGUGAGAGGAGAAGGAAGUCGGAGCUCCGGGAUACGAGGCUGCGUGUGUGUACCUUUACUGUAUCUGACAGUUCCGUAAUGGAGGGAGAAGGAGGCGUGCCUGAAGAUCUCUCCCCUGAGGAGCGAGAGGAACUUCUGAACAUACGACGAAGGAAAAAAGAACUCAUUGAUGAUAUUGAGAGGCUGAAAUUCGAAAUAGCAGAGGUGAUGACGGAAAUCGAUAAUUUGACAUCUGUAGAAGAAAGUAAAUCAACACAAAGAAAUAAACAAAUUGCAAUGGGAAGGAAAAAAUUCAACAUGGACCCCAAAAAGGGUAUUCAGUUCCUCAUAGAGAACGACCUACUGCAGAACACACCAGAGGAUAUAGCUCAGUUCCUGUACAAAGGGGAAGGGCUCAAUAAGACAGUCAUUGGAGAUUACCUGGGAGAGAGGGAUGAUUUCAACAUCCAUGUCCUUCAGGCGUUUGUUGAACUCCAUGAGUUUGCUGAUCUGAACCUCGUCCAGGCAUUAAGGCAAUUUCUGUGGAGUUUCAGACUACCUGGUGAAGCCCAGAAAAUUGACCGAAUGAUGGAAGCGUUUGCAUCUCGUUACUGUCUAUGCAAUCCUGGUGUUUUUCAAUCCACAGAUACAUGCUAUGUCCUGUCUUUUGCAAUCAUCAUGCUUAACACCAGUUUGCAUAAUCCCAAUGUAAGGGAUAAACCAUCCGUAGAGCGGUUUAUAUCCAUGAAUCGUGGUAUUAAUGAAGGUGGGGAUCUCCCAGAGGAAUUACUACGGAAUUUAUAUGAAAGCAUUAAGAAUGAACCGUUCAAAAUUCCCGAGGAUGAUGGAAACGACUUGACACACACAUUUUUCAACCCAGACAGAGAAGGCUGGCUCUUAAAAUUAGGAGGAAGAGUAAAAACCUGGAAGCGCAGGUGGUUCAUCCUGACUGAUAACUGUCUCUAUUACUUUGAAUACACAACAGAUAAAGAACCAAGAGGUAUAAUUCCCUUGGAAAAUCUUAGUAUCCGAGAAGUUGAAGAUCCACGGAAGCCGAACUGCUUUGAACUGUACAACUCAAGUCACAAAGGGCAAGUUAUCAAAGCCUGCAAAACGGAAGCUGAUGGGAGAGUGGUCGAGGGAAAUCAUGUUGUGUACAGAAUAUCAGCACCCACUCCGGAAGAGAAGGAGGAAUGGAUAAAAUCAAUCAAAGCAAGCAUCAGCAGGGAUCCAUUUUAUGACAUGCUGGCAACACGGAAGAGGAGAAUCGCCAAUAAAAAAUAACUUCCCUUGCCAA